UCCUCGCUGAAGCUCACACCCUCUUCUUCGAUCUCACACAUCUACAGCUAGCAGCUGUGUCCUCAGCAAUCUCCGUUAAUGGCGACGGCGAGGCUGCUCCUCCUCCUCGCGGUGGCGGCAGCGGCGGGCUCGGCCUGCUUCUGCAGCGGCCAGCAAGCGACGCAGGCGCUGGCGCCGGCCCCGCCACCGCCUCCGUACUGCGGGAGCUUCAGGCUGGCCGUGGAAGCGCACAACAUCAUCGGAUGGAAGACGGUGCCGGCGGAUUGCGCCAAGUACGUCGCCGACUACAUUUCCGGCGAGCGCUACCCGCGCGACUCCGGCGUCGUGAUAGACCAGGCCAUCGCCUACGCCGAGAGCAUCAAGCUCUCCGGCAAGGGCAAUGAGGUGUGGGUGUUCGACGUCGACGAGACCGCCCUCUCCACCAUGCCCUACCAAUCCAACCAUGGCUACGGAGCUCAGCCAUACGACCAGACGAGCUACCUCCAGUACGUAGCCGGGGGGAGUUCGCCGGCGCUGCAGUGGACGCUGCGGCUGUACCAGCGGCUGCUCCAGCUCGGCAUCAAGCCGGUGUUCCUCACCGACCGCACCGACGACCAGAGCGCCGUCACCGCCCACAACCUCCUCCAGCAGGGCUACUGCAGCUGGGAGAAGCUGCUGCUCCAGCCGGCCGGCCUCCAGACCUCCACGCAGGCGUUCAAGACCGGCCAGCGUCAGAAGCUGGUGGCCGCCGGCUACGCCAUCGUCGGCAACAUCGGCGACCAGUGGAGCGACAUCCUCGGCUCACCGGAGGGCUGCCGUACCUUCAAGCUCCCCAACCCCAUGUACUACGUUGCCUAGCUGAUUGGUCGGUGGUGGCGGUACGUGCCAUUGCUAGCUCCUCGCCUGGCGAGCUGGCUAUGGAUGGAUCUCCAUGACUUCGCGUGUGUUUCGUCUACAUGGUUUCUAUUUGUGAACUUGUCGGUAGAAGUCAAUACGUAAGCUUGAUUUUUCUUGUUGAUUGUUGAUGAGAUGAGAUUUGUAAUAAUAGUUGCUGCGUGGUUGGGGCCAUUGAUUGUUGGGUGUAUUGUGUUGGACGAACUGAUUGUAUUUCAGUACUUAGUAGUGGAAUUAAUGGAUAAAAUAUAAUAGCAUUAAAUGUGUUCA